GUUUUGGCCAAAGAGGUCGAUUUUAGUGGCACGAGAAUAUGAAUCUUAUUUUGUGUCUCCAGCUACUAUGUUUCUCUCUUUUAAUUACUUUGUUUAGUAAAGCAACUGCAAUAAAUGUAACAUAUGAAUCUGAUAGAAUAAUAUACCUUCCUGGCCAACCUUCAAGCCCCUCAAUCUCACACUUUUCAGGUUACAUCACCGUCAAUGAAAACCAUGGGAGGGCUCUUUUCUAUUGGUUCUUUGAAGCUCAAUCUGAACCCUCCAAGAAGCCUCUCCUUCUCUGGCUCAAUGGAGGACCCGGAUGCUCCUCCAUUGGGACUGGUGCAGUUGUUGAGAUUGGACCUCUUUUAGUCAGCAAAAAUGGGGAAGGACUACAUUUCAACAAAUACUCGUGGAAUCAAGAAGCAAAUUUGUUAUUUGUGGAGUCCCCUGCUGGAGUAGGAUUUUCUUAUACCAACACAUCUUCUGAUUUCCCCACCAUAUUAGAGGAUCAUUUUGUUGCUGAGGAUGCCUACAAUUUCUUGGUGAAUUGGCUACAAAGAUUCCCACAGUUCAAAUCCAGGGACUUUUUUAUAUCAGGAGAAAGCUAUGCUGGUCACUAUAUCCCUCAGCUUGCAGAGUUGAUCUUUGAUCGAAACAAAGAUAGCUACAAAUACCCCUUUAUUAAUCUUAAAGGUUUUAUUGUAGGGAAUCCAGAAACUAAUGAUUACUAUGACUAUAAAGGCCUGCUGGAAUAUGCAUGGAGCCACGCAGUUAUAUCAGACCAGCAAUACGACAAAGCAAAACAAGUAUGCGAUUUUAAACAAUUCAAUUGGUCUAAUGAAUGCAAUCAUGCCAUGGACCCAGUCUUCCAAGAUUACUUAGAAAUUGACAUAUACAACAUUUAUGCCCCGGCAUGUCGUCUAAACAGCACAUCCUCCAUAGCUAAUGAUAACAACAAUAACGACCCUGAAUCAUUUACAAAGAUGAGAAAUGAUUAUAGACUAAAGAGGAUGAGAAUUUUUGGGGGCUAUGACCCUUGUUUUUCCAAUUAUGCAGUAGAAUAUUUCAAUAGAAAAGAUGUGCAGUCAUCUUUUCAUGCAGAUACUAAAAGAGCCACUAACGGAACAUGGAGUGUUUGCAAUAAUUCUAUAUUCGGGGCCUACAAUUUCUCUGUUUUUUCGGUUCUACCUAUCUACACCAAACUCAUCAAGGGUGGGCUUAAGAUAUGGAUUUACAGUGGAGACACAGAUGGAAGAUGUCCAGUGAUAGGGACACGAUAUUGCGUUGAGGCCCUCGGAUUACCUCUCAAGUCUAGGUGGCGAACUUGGUACCAUCAUAAUCAGGUUGGAGGAAGAAUAGUUGAAUAUGAAGGGUUAACAUAUGUGACAGUGAGAGGAGCUGGUCAUAUGGUGCCACUGAACAAGCCCAGUGAGGCUCUUUCCCUUAUUCAUGCUUUCUUAACAGACAAACAUCUUCCUACUCGUGGAUAAUCAACGACUUGUUCUUGUACCACCAUUUUGGGUCCACAAGGAUGAAAAUACACCCUGUGUUUCCAUUUUAAUAUAUGAAAAGCAAUGCCAAAAUGUUAGUGUCUUAAUGAAAUCAACGUGUUAGUUUCUUAUAAAUAAACUAUAACACACACACAUUGAUCUCAAGUAGGAUAGCACUGCGAUUCAUUGAUCUCCUAUUUUAACAGUUUAUGUGAAGUGUUGAACUGUAAAAUGAUGACCCAAUGUACGGUUGGA